AUGGAUGGCAGUGCGAGCGAGCCCGUUAUCAAGUUCAAGCGGCGGAAAACCACGCAUACGAAACGUACGCGACUUGGGAUCGAGGACGAGCCGACCGCCGCCGCGCCGAAGUCGCCAGAUGCCGUACCAGACGACACAAGCACGCCAGCUCCCGAGGAAGAUGAAACUUCCGUCUCGCUGAAAGAGAUAUUGCGCAACCGAAAGCGACCGCGCGACCGGCUACGAGAAGCUGCGGCGCGCGCGGAGCUCACAAAGACACAGGCGCUUGUGCUACGAGAGCAGGAUGCGCCGAAACAGGGCUAUACGGACCGGUUCGUGCCGCAGACCGGACAAGUGGUGGAUAGCGACGAUCAGCAGAUUACGGAAUACAUAGAUGCCCACUUAGCUGAAAGAAACCACCGCCUGUAUGGCUGGCCCAUCCCCCAACACCUCGCUGCAACCGUAGCUGCACUAGCGUCCGAGCCUGCACAGACAGUCCUCAUCCCACCCAGCGCAUCACAUACGACCGCAGGCCGCACAACGACGUCAGAAGAGCCGAAUGACGAGAAGAGCCACAGGCUAGCAGCUGGCAUGGGCAAGCUUCAGGAAAUAGAUCUCGGACCGGCAUCUACCUCGCGCGCUGAAGCCGCCUGGAAGAAGCUUGAAGGCGGACCAUCCGUGGAAGAGCCUGUGGGUAAAGUGCGUCUAGGACGAGACGGCAAACCGCGUCGCCAGCCGAAGCGCCGCAAUAGUGAAGAUAUCCGUCGCGACGCAAUGGUCGAAGCAGUGAUGCGUGAAGCAAAGCUGGACUACUUUGAUGACUCCAACCCUGCCGGACCCACGCCAGGCUCUACCAACAACGACGAAGCCCUCGUGGAGCAAUUUAGGCAAGAAUUCCUUGACUCCAUCCAAGAGCGGCAGCAGCGCAAACCUGUUGCCCCGACACGCGGUGAAAAGGAAGCUCCCAAAGGUCCGAAGUUGGGCGGAAGCAGGAGCGCAAGAGCAAAGAUGCAUUUGCAGGAAGAGCAAGCGGGGAAGAACAAGAGGUGA